AUGGCGACUGUUCGACACGCAUACCGCGAGGAUGUGCCCACAAUCCUGGGCUUCAUCCAGGAUCUCGCCGACUAUGAAAAGGAAUCCGAUGCUGUCAAGGCGACUGUCGAGACUCUGGAGAACACAAUUGCCUUUGCGCCAUCAGGCGUUGUCAGCCCCCAAAACUCCCUGCCCGUGACUGAGAACAUCUCAGCAACUCGUCCUUCGCGGUGUUUCCUCAUCUUCGACGAACAAGGCAAAGCCGCGGGAAUGGCGCUCUAUUUCUACAACUAUAGUACAUGGCGGUCCAAGUCUGGCAUCUACCUGGAAGACCUUUACGUCGACCCCUCAUACCGUGGCAAAGGAUACGGCAAGAAGCUGCUGUCAGCGCUGGCCAAGGAGGUUGUCGCAAUGGACGGCGGUCGUCUGGAGUGGUCCGUGUUGAAGUGGAACGAGCCGAGCAUCAAGUUCUAUGAGCUCAUCGGAGCCACCGCAAUGAACGACUGGGUGGGAAUGCGUGUUGAUGGACCGACGCUGAACAAGCUUGCCACCCUGACCGACUAA